GCAAAUAACCUUUUGUGGAGCUGUGAGAUCUGAAAUGUACCGCCUCUGUCUCAAAAUCUGUGCGACCUUUAUUAGAUCACGAGGCGCUCCGCAACGUAUAGACUAACCGAGACGUGAUGCUGCUGCUUCUAGUUUCUGCUUUGCUUCCAUCCUGUCCAGCAACCACGUAGAGCAGAAAAAAUGUAGAGCUCUUUUUUUGGUGUCCCUCCCCCUGCCUCCCCUCCACUUAAAAGAUGAUUCGGGCCAUUAUGCUUUCAAAUAUAAAUGCCUGCUCAUAUUGUACCACCGUUAGCAGCUCGACCAAAAACAGUUGCACCAACAUUUCUGUGCAGUAAUUUUCCUGCGCUUGACUGUAGUGUAACGAGACUUUGUGAGUCUCUGGAGAGUUGCGUGACCUCCCUCCAUGUGUCCUUUAGUUCCCACCGCCGCACCGCGGGAUGUCGCAGUGGAGGUGAUGAAUACAACUGUUCUGAGAGUAAGCUGGACCCCAGUUCCACCGGCCACACUGAGAGGUCACCUUAAGGGGUACCAUGUUCACUGGCUGCGGAAGCGAAGUUUCCUGAAUCCAGACAAGAUCUUGGAUGAGCGCCACACGCUGUCAUUUCCCGGGAAGAGGACGCAUGCCAUUGUGCCCAACCUGGACGCCUUCUCAGAGUAUACGCUCACUGUCAACGUCUUCAACAAGAAGGGAAACGGGCCGAGUAGUGACCCAGUCACCUUCAACACUCCAGAGGGAGUUCCGGAACAAGUGCCCAUUCUGACCACCUCCAAUGCCCAGAAAGAGUCCAUCCGGCUUGUAUGGGCUCCGCCGCUGGUUGCAAACGGCAUCCUGACUGGCUACCUCCUGCAGUACCACCUCAUUAAUGAGACCACAAAGGAGGCGCGGGAUUCCUGGGAAAUGAACAUCACAGGGCCCGACACCACCCACUGGCAGCUGGAGGGCUUAGAAGAGGGCAGCCUCUAUCUCUUCCACCUCAGUGCCUGCACCCGGGCAGGGUGCGGACCUCCACUGGCACAGGAGAGCAGCACUGCCACCCCGGCACCUGUGGCCUCUGUUGACGGCAACCACAACUGCUCUCUUUCCUUUCCUCGCUUGAUCCCAGACAGAGCUACUCAUCCUCCUCCUUUAGCUCCAGGCCUGUUGAACAUAAGCUCUUACGUGAGCGACACCUCUGCCAAAAUCAGCUGGACUGCCAGGGAGGAGCAGCAGGACUCGCAGCUUUACGUGGCUUAUAUGAACAACCGUGAUGGUAACUGGCGAAUAUCCAAGGCGGUAAAUGCUUCCCAAAGCUUCCAUGUGAUUGACGGGCUCAAUCCGGGGACGGUGUACACGGUGCGCCUCAUGGCCAAGUCUUUGCUCGAUAACGCUAGCAUUUUCGAGGACGUUAUCCAGACGCAAGUCACAGGCGCAGCAGGACAACCAAGGAGCAUAUCUACCAAGGGCUGGUUCAUCGGGACCAUGUGUGCCGUGGCGCUCCUCACGCUCAUUGUCCUCACCGUCUGCUUUAUGCGGAGAAACCAAGGUGGCAAGUAUGCAGUGAAAGAGAAGGAAGACCUGCACCCUGAUGAGGAGUCACAAGCGAUGAAUGAUGACACCUUCUGUGAAUACAGUGACAGUGAUGAAAAGCCACUGAGGGGCAGCUCGUGUUCCCUGAAUGGCGAUGAUGCGGUCGGGGACGGCGUCAGCAGAGACAGCCUGGUGGACUACGCUGACGGCGGAGGAGAAUUCAGCGAGGACGGCUCCUUUAUCGGGGAAUAUUCAGGACACAAACGAGGCGGAUCUGUCACCGAGCCCAAUGGAUUCGGCCCUGUCAGUGCAUAAUGCCAAGCUUCCUUUUCAGAUUUUACAAGAAUUGCUCUGUGUGAGGGCUUUUGCAACGUUACAUAUAGCACGCAUAGCUAAAAUAUGAACCGCUAGAAAUGUCUUUUUUCAGAAAUGUUGCCAAGAGACUGUAGAGACAAGUGUUGUACAUACCGAAAGACAAUGAACUGAAUGAUUGGAUUGAGAAUUUUAUUACAAUAAUUAAAAAAAAAAGUUUUUUGUUU